UCCUAGUAGCUUUAACCUAGUAGCCAUGUCAUUAGAUUUCACCGAUUAAGUCCAAGUCAAAAAACAGGCCGAGACAAGUUAGCGCUGUCUAGCCUGUGCCCUCCCUGUAACUAUCGUCCCUGUGCUACUGUAUUAUAUUUUGUAAUGCAAUUUGAAGAAAUAGCUACAGCUUCUUUUCGUUUUUUAUUAGAUCUAAAAUCCUAAUAAAAAUCUCAUAAUGUCGCAAACUAAGAGGAUCUCUGGAAACUCCAGAUAUUCUAAGAAUUCACAACUCACUGCGAAACAAAGAUCAACGGUAAGAAUUACUGAACUUCAAACUGCAAAUAGCGCAAGUGUUGUGCAUAGUCCAAAGCCCAAGGACGAGGUCCCUGGAAAGCGGGUUUGCCCACAGCGAAAGCAGUCGGGCCGGAAGGCAAAGGAGGAGAGAGCCAUUGAAAGUUUCCGGAACAUUGACUUCUUUGGUAAUCGUGACUCCAACGACAUAUUGACGGUCCAGAAUCUUGAGUUUCCGGAUGCCAACAUCCCACGCACUGAACUGACCAAGCGCGAUGAGUGCGGCAAGACUGUGGUCCGGGACAGGGGUCGAGAUUUUGGUAGCACCAGCAAUUCCCACUUUAGGCACGGAGUGGAGACGGUUAAGAUCAAAGAGACCAGUUGCUCUGCGGCCAGUACGCCGCACAAGUCGCGGGCCGAAAGUCUUCAGCAGCAAAGCUUCAAGCCAAUGGUAGUUGGAGCGCCGGGCUCAGAGGAGCUGGUGGACUCGGCUCACCAGCCUUCGACCCAUCCACCUAACUUCCAGGGCGAUGAGUGGAAUCGCCCGUGCUCGGCCAGCUUUGUGGCUGGUGCUCAUCGGACUCGCGUCGGUCGCUGCCCGAAGGACUACGAGCAGUUGGCCAAGUUGACGCCGGCACGCAAGAAGUUCUUCCUCACGCAGGAUCCGCGCAAAACCUACUGUCUGAUUAAUCCAGUGGCUAUGCGUCACAAGCCGCUGACGAAGGAGGAGGAAUACAACCUGAUCAGCAAUUUGGUCAAGCAUGGGGACAAUCUCUGUGCCAGCACAGGAUCGGAGACCUCCGAUACGCACAUCUGCGAGGUUAUUGACCUGCAGAACCCAAUGGGCCUGGACUUCCAUGGCAUGGACUACAAGACAACUUAUGAGCAGGACGAGAUUGAGGAGCAGAAUGCCCUGACCUUCUGGCGUGUCCAGCGGUACAUGGCGCGUCGCAAGGCAAAGAAGAACACGAAGGUGAAUGUGGAGAAGGAGCUCAGGGAAGAGCGCCUGGCGGUGCCGCAGCGCUUCAAUACCACGAUCAAGGAUCAGCCAGUGGAGGAGCGGGUCUCGCCGCGAUCCCCUCGCCUCGUGUACUUGUACCGCAGUCCGGACAAGCCGGCCAACAAGCUCAAGAUCGAGGAGGAGGGCAAGCGACGGGCGGCACGCUACAAGGAUAUUUACUUGCGAAAGAAACAACGCGAGGAGGAACAGCUCCAGGAGCGACGCAAGCAGGAGGUAGCCAUCAAAGAAAUCGAAGGUCGAACAGUGGCCGAGAAGGAUCUUCGCGACGAUGUAGCCGUCAUCGACGACGCCAUUGAGCGCAGCUUUCGGAAGCAUGUGGAGCUUAAGCCCGUCAUCCGGAAGCGAAAGGUAUUCCCCAAGACGCUGACGGAGACGGAGCGCCUAAAGGCGAAAAUGCACCGCGAAGACUGUGUGCGCCGCGACAAGGCCAAGGUCACCCAGCAGUUCUUCCUGGAGCGCACCGGGAAACUGAAGUACCUGCCGGACGCGGAGCAGAAGCUGCGUUGUGAGGACAGCAUCGAAGGCAGCGUUGGCUCCACGCCCAGCGAGCAGAGCAGCGAUGAUGAGGACUACCUGAAGGUGGGCAAAAUCGGUGACAAGUUUCAGCUGCGCGGCUUCCACUUUAAGCACGGAGACGGCCUCCGCGGGAAGCUACAUCGCCACCAAAUCAUGAAAGGACAGCGGACGAUUAAGGGCUGCCUGACGCGGGAUGAGUGGCUGAAUCAGUUGGUGCCCCACAAGGAGCCCAUUAAGCUGGAUGUCGAGCGUGGGAUCAUUAAGGUUCUUGAUCCUGACGAUCCCAACCUGGACCUUUUCCCUCCCGAGCCGCUGCUGAUGAGACGGCGCGAACGCCAGAGUGCAGUGCGAGAGUUCAUCGAUCAGCGCUUGGGUCUCCAUUACAACCGCAGGCUGCGCAAGAACCUUAAGCUCGUCAAACCGAAGCCGGCCUACAACGUAAGGAAGUUCAAUCUCAUCCGAUAUGUGUUUCCCGAGAAGGUUCUGGUGCCCGAUGAUCGGGUGCCGGUCGAGGAGAUGGAGGUGCUCGACGCCAACAAAGUGAGCACCACGCUGGAGUACCUUAAUCUCAAGCAGCAAUUGGCCAACUCAAAGCGUCAAAAGAAGAAGCUGGCCCGCAUGCAAUUGCUUGGCCUGCCCUGCAUCGAGAAGGAGCAAUUACGGUUGGCUGAUCCAUGUCUGGCUCCGGAGGAGGAGCUAGACCUGGAUUGGGUGCCCGUUCCUGAGCCUCCUUACGAUGGGGGCCAGAACCAGGGCCAGGAGGAGGAUGAGGUAAAGGCCGAAUCCAGUGAGCGGCUAGAGGCUGGCUACGACCGAGCUCCGCCAAGCCUUCAUGGCUUCACCCGAUCUCCGAUCACUCAGCGGUCCGUAGUCAAAACUCGUGGACGAUUCCGUGCAGGUGGUGGGAUCCAGCCUGCCCGCUAUCGGGGAAAUAUGCCCGCACCCAAGGAACGUGAGAAGACCCUAACGAUUCACCCCCGACGACAGCGCGACUAUGCCGCCGAGCGCAUUCCAUCGGCCAUAUUCAACGAGGUUUUAAAGACGUCCACAUUGCCUUUGCUAGAGCAGCCGGAACCGGAAAAACUCCGCUUCGCUAAUGUGCGUACCAAGAAGCGUCCGUAUACGGAUAUAUUGGAGGCACGUCACCACCACGAUCACUGGGCCCCGACUCAGGUGAAGAAUGUGCAUGUGCAGUAUCAGCCAAAGACUGUGGUCCCAGAAAUCACCAAGUUGGCAAAGAAGCCACCUAGAAUAGUAGCCAAAUUCGAACGGGCUCAUCCCCCCAGCAGCAAGUAUGUGGACAAGGAUCUGACCAUGCCCAGCUAUGACUUCAAUAAGAUGAUUGCCGACCACUUGGCCGUCACCCGGACCGACAACAAGGAGGCUGCUGGCGAAGUUGUGCAUAACCUUUGUCACCCUUACGACUUUGUCUUCCACUCUCGGGAUCCAGAGGAGCUGGCGAAACUGGAUUUUCCCGGAAGAAGGCAGUACUUGGAGCUGUUGCGAGAGACCCGAGAGGCCAUUUACGAGACGAAGGACAUCGAUCCGGGCGAGGAGCGACUAUUGGUGGACCGGCGGGCGGUCGUUGCCGAUCUAGAGGAGGAUCUUAAGAGCAUUGAGAACUGCCUCAGCUCCUUGAGUAGCUCGACUUGCACAGAUCUAUCGAAUGACAGUGGUAGCUAUAUGGUAAUCGGGGAGAAGACCAAGUUGCCCCUGGACUACAUCCGAAAGCCGUUGGUACCAUUCGAGGAGAUGCGACGCGGACGUUUUCAUGCCGCCGUAAUUGACGUGGAUGCAGAGGACGAGGAUCCCUAUCGUAUGCUACCCUUUUCUGGCCAGCACAAGGAGCAGGCCGAUAUGCUGGGACCCAAGGAUACGUUUUUUACCUUCAGUACGCGUCUGCGAAACACCCUUCGCCUGCGACUCGAAGUGCCGGUCCCGGACGUGCGCCAAACUCUCCUAGGACCCGGGACUCGCAAGUACUACGGGGCUGUGAUCACGGACCUCGACGAGAACUACAUCGAGGAGCUAAAGAGUCGCGCCACCAUUAAGCCGUUCAAGUUCAAGACAAGCAUUCAGCUCUUAAAGGACGCCAUGCGGCUGAAGUACGAAUCCCUGCUGAUUCAGGGCCAAAUGGUGCGCACCAAGAUCUAUGAUCGGAUGAACGAGCGUCACUGGAUCGAUAUGAAGAACACGAAGAAUCUGUACGAGGCUCUGUUUGCCAAGUGGCAGAAGAAGGAGUACAACGCGGCCAUGACAAUGGUCUAUCAGGUGAAGUCGUACUACGAGACCACGGAUAAGCUGAAGCAGGAGUAUCGUAAUCUGGAGCGUGAGCUAAUGAUGCUUAACAUGGACAUUGUGUUCAUCGAGGGUCACUGGAUCCGGUGCAUUAUGCUGCAGAAUUUCCAUUACCUGAUGGGGGACCAGGACUGGCGUGCUGAGCACGACUGGAUACAUUUGGUGCCGAAAUCAAAGCGUCACGGCAGCGAUAAUGAGGGCUCCGAGGAGCAGGAGCCUGAAGCGCCCGAAGAAGGGGACGAGGAGGACAUGGAGCUGGAGCCGUACGAUAUAUCCAUUGCCAAGCGAUCUAUUGUUAAUAUUCGUGUGCGGGACAAGGACGAUGCCUGGGCCAUUCGAGCCUUUUACUAUGACGUUUAUAUGCAGAAGACUCACCCAAUCUUACAGGUGUUCCCCGAUGCAGAGGCCUUCCUGCAAGGCCUUGAAAAUCUGAAAACCAAGACCUUUAUGCUGCUGCUGGAAAUGCAUUUCACGCUCUCCAUUCACACCGAGCUACAGGGCCGCCUGGAGACCUUUGUCGAUUGGUGCACCAAGGACCUAAAGGAGAAGCAGGAUUACGUCGCUCGCAAGUCAGCCAAGAAGUUCUUCAUGGAGGACCGUGCCAUGGAUAUGGAGAAUAGGGUUCACGAGUAUCUGGGAAAACCCAUUGAGGAAACCAUUGCUGAUGAGGAUUACAACAAGCAUCGUGCCGUGCUGGCCGAGGUGUGGCGUCGCGUGGUCCCCGACUCAGUGCGGGGCACAAGCGACGUUUUGCCCAACACCGUUGACAUGGUGGCCGCCAUUAGCGAUGUAAUCAUGGAGAUACUGUCCAAGUUCGAGCAUCUGGAUAUACAGAAGGUGCGAUCCUUGGAGGCCCAAUUGCGCAAGCGGCGACGUUACCGCGAAAAGAUAUCGGCCCAGGCCUACCAGGUGGAACGUCGCAUUGAAAUGGAAAUGAAAAAGGUACGCAAGAAUCUCGAGCCACCAUACAAGAAGCCUAAGCGUGAAGGACGUCUGCCCAGGCUCUAUCUUAAGAAGAGGGUUAUUCCGCCGAAAAAGGAGGAGAUUGUGAUAUCCGAGCAUACAAAGAACUUUGUGCGGGCCUUCAGGGAAGACGGCUUUAGCGGUGACCAAGGAACGCACACUUCCCUGCUGGUUGCGGACAACAUGCAGGAGCAGAUUGUGCCCUUCUACUUUGACCACUUCCUCAAGAUCAAUGGAUACACGCCCAAUUAUAACUUCAGAACCAACGUGGACAUGCGUGACGGCCCGGAGUUCAGUCGCCUGAAGGUGCGCGAGGUCCUGCCGGAUGUCCUGCUCAGGCUGGAGAUGUUGGAUGUGCAGCAAAAGAAGAUCAUGGAAGAGAAUAUUCAGCGCAAUCCAAAGAUGUACGAGAAUGUCAUAUGAUGAGCCUCAGAUUGCACUACGAACCACAUACCCCAUAAACAGAGUUAAUAAUACAAACUACUAACCAAGUUGACAAGCUUUCCUGUUUACUAAAUUUUUUGUGGCAAUAAAUCUAUUAAAUAAUA